ACUGAUACUUGACUCACUCCCGCAGCCUUGUCACUGAAUUGUCAUCCCGUGCCCGCAACAGUGCCCUCACACGCCCUGCCAGACCGUCGUACACGCGCGGCAUCCCCUGCCGGAACAUUUCUGAGCCCUCCACGUUCACACCCAUCAUGGUCUUUCCCCAGUUACCAUCUUAUGGAUCGUCUCAGGAAAAUGGGGCCUCAUCGCAGCAGGUUGGACUCGAUUCCAUUUCUCUCGGUCAGUUAAAGGCCAUGGUCGGCUCCGCGCCGAAACCAAAGCAAUCUUAUUAUGAUUUUCGUUAUGACGACGAGGACACCGUCCUCAAUGAAAUUGAAGAAUUCUAUUCUUAUGUCGAGAUGCCUCAAGUUGAAGAAAACAUGAAGUCAUGGCAAGGGUUUUUCCCCGGGAAAUGGAUUGAAAGCACAUUUGCCCAACGGAAAGCGCACGUCGAGCUUCUCCUUGAAGGCUUGGAACAUCGUGACACAGAAUUUCGCUUCACGAACGCACGCAGACUGCUUUACGUCCUACAAGGUACGUUUGCCGAGACGACUUCCCCCGAGCACCAACUGCAUUGGAUAUUCGAGAACGGCAAGGUCGUACGAGCCGCCAAUGGUCUCAGCAAUAUUGUGGAAGCGAUGAAGAUCGCGAGCUCCAAGCAUGACCUCUUAUGCUCUCUGUCAGACGCGGAUGCGGCGCACUUCAACAUUUCUCCGAAUGAGAAAGCUGAUCUUAUGGAAGAAGUGACAACCGAAUUGUCCGUUCAUCUGGGAAUGCUUUACCAUCUGGUGGAAGUCUUCAAAGGUCAUGAUGAUUUUGCUGACGAACUGAUGAGCUUGGACCCUCCACUUCCUGUAUAUCUAUUCAACGUGGUGGCGGGCUUGAAAGACAAGAGCGCUAAGGGAUACCCCGUGAAGAAGUUAUUAUUGGUUCUUUGGAAAUCCCUCCUAACGUGUUGCGGUGGCAUUCGCGAGCUCGCACGUGUGAAGAAACUAUCAAGGGAGCUUGCUGGUCUUGCACAGGCUCCGGAUGAAGCCAUUCCUAUCAAAGCAUCUCCUCUUGACAUUGAGGCGUUUCAUCAAGAAAUAUCCGUCAAGUAUCCGACUUUCACCCCUCCUCACUCUACACCGCCCGAGGUGAAGCGUGUACCAAUAACAACAGACAGGCUUGCCCAGGCAUACUCGCCGAUCCCUGUACGACAUCAUUACGACCAUGACGAAACCGACAUACAUCAUUCAGGCCUUCCUCCGGGCUCCCAGCCUCAUCCAUUCCAUGCCCAAAACAACAGCUCCGGAUUCCGCGGAAUGCCUCAACCACCCACCCCAGCUCCCUCACCUCCGCCGUCCCCGAAACCUAAGAAACAGCAGUUUCAGACUGACCAGAACCGACCUUUUUUAUUUCCGUUCUCGCGCAGGUUAGGUCAACGCAAUGCCCGAUUAGUACCGUAUGCUAUUGAUGAGGCCGACAAGCUGUAUCACAAGCACAUGUACGUCAGUCUUGCACUCUGGCAGAUGUGGCGGACUAGGGAAGAAUGCAUGGCCGUUGAGAGCGGUCUAGAAUUCAUGCCUGGUUCAGAAAAGAUUGAGCCAUUGAAUCCUCCUCCUCAGACGGAAGAUGGUUCGGAGCUACUGCCGGAUGUGGCGCUUUUAGAUGCCAAAAUUGCUGAAGCAGAGGCUGCUCUUGCUCAAGCAGAAUCUGCCGGUGACAAGCGGCGUGCUCGAGAGCGUAAGGAGGACUUUAUGCGGCUGAAAAGGGUGGAACAGAUAUAUAGUGCUGUUCUGCCUGUCCUAUCCAGCUGGGUUCUUGUGCUGCUUAAACUAUUGCUAGCGACAGUGACUGCGGGACAGAGUGCACAAAGUGGAAAUGGACCUGGGGUAGUCUCAUUGGACCCUGCCGUAGCUCACUCUCUUGAGGAUAUUGACAUUCUAAGGCAUCGCGAAAUCACUACGAAAGUAGUCUCUGCGAUCCUUCUCCUUACACUGAAAUGGUUCAAGGUGUCUCACGCGAUGAAGUUCCAUCAUUUGGGGCAGAUCCUACUGGACACCAACUGUCUACUGCUGAUCCUUAAGAUGUUUGGUCUGCAGGAACCUUCAACCACAAUUGUAUCAAAGGCAGAUGCUCCUGAUAACAAUUUCUUCCGAUAUUGUUAUCUGCGGUUCUCGCAAAAUCCUCAGCCAGACGCUUUUGAGGAACACAUGCUCAAAGCACGCAGGCAAACUAUCAUUCGGACGACAGUUCUCCCUAAUGGCGAGAAACACGAGGAAGAGGUUGACCUUCUGACUGAUUUCUCCUGGAGAAACUUCUUUUCGACGAUCAACUGUGCGAAGAUUAUGCAGAAGUUGUCAAAGCAUCGAUCCCACCGGAUCCGGAUGUUGGUUCAAUACAAGAGUUCUGCUGUUCUAAAACGAAUACUAAAAGUUCAGCACCCAAUGCUGCAGCUUCACGUUCUCAAGCUGAUCAAGAGUCAAGUGCCGUUCUGUGGGAGGAAAUGGCGACAAUCCAAUAUGCAGGUCAUCACUGCCAUCUACUUGAACUGUAGACCGGACCUGCGAGAUGAGUGGCUGACGGGGAUCGAGGUCGAUGACGUUGUAGACGCUCAGGCACAAGAACAAGCCUUACGUCAUCUAGUGAAAUUCUACAACACCAAGAGAUAUGGACCCGCUGCGGUCCAUCACGCGGGUAGUGUCCACCGGCGUACUGGAAGUUUAUCUCAACACUUGGAAGGCUUGCAUCCGGGUCCAGAGCUCUCGGGGAUGAUUCGACCCAUUGGAACGCCUAAUACUGUCGAAGCCGACGUAUUUCCUCCAUUGCGUGCUCAUGCUCCAGAGCCUUCCAUCUUUUUGCCCUACGUCACAGAAGAUAUUGCUUUCGAAGAAGAGUAUGAAGAGUACUUGUCAGAUCUCGGCUGGUCGGACCAGCAGCAUCCAGAAGGCGGCUCUGCAUGGAGCAGAUUACCAGAGUUCGCUGCUGACAUUUCUGACAGCAUAAGUGAUAGUGAAAGCAUUGUUUCCAUUGGCGAACUUGGCGAUGAAGCUCGACUCAAGAUUAAUAGCGAAGAGCAAGAAUCCGUUCCUGAUGAGAAUUUGAAUAAUUGGGAGCAUAUGAGUCCGAAGACAAUGGCUGCCCUGACCAAAUCUCCAGCUGGACGUCGUUCUAGUUCGGGGAGCGGCCUUCGGCCUGUGCUUCCAUUUGCUUUGGAUGACGGUAGCGCGGUGGAGGAAGGCGAGGAGGGUCCCGAAUUGGGGCCAGUUCCGAGGGAACCUGAUGGCCCAUUCAAUGCUGGUGCGGGUGUGGACGAAGUGGAGUAUGCCUACGGGUACGUCUUUCUAUAUUCAUAUAAUGGGUGCACGCAACUGACUACUGUUUUCCCUCAUUGCAGUGUCUAAAGAUAUCCCUGAAGUUUAUCUUUGGGAAUGUGUUUCUCGAUUUCGUCAUUUAGAAGAGUCUGGAUUGUCGAUUGUUUGGUUCGUGCAUCACUUGUACUAGUUCUGCUUUGUAUUGCAUAUCGACUUAGAGUACAUAGUAUCAUUUGAGAGAUCUUCUUUGACCCCGUAGUGAUUCAUGAAUACCUGUGUUCAAUGACUUCGACAAAAUGCAUAGCAACGUGUGGAUCAUUGACUGUGAUAUACAGUACAUGGCGCCGUCUUGACUGCACUCGAAUUCUUGGAAACACCGUGAUAAAACCGAAUACUAGUACAUUGCCUUGGAUCUGGCGAUAGCCCAUGGACUACCUGCAGAAUAGAAGUCCAUAGGAUAUACUUUUUCCUUCCUCUGGCC